GUUUGAUGAUUUCCUCUGUUGUGUCUAAUAAGGGAACAGUGAGUGUCAUUGGCAGCUGUGAGUCUCUCUCUCUCUUUAGGGGGCUGACAGGAGCCAGUUUCUUCAGUGUGUUUGAGGAGCAGACGAGAAACUUGUGCUGUGCUCUGAGUUGAUGAAAUAGUGUGUGUCGAGCUGAAGGAGAAGAUGGAGAACUGUCUGAUGCUGAUGUUUCUGUGUUAUAUGAUAAAACUCAUCACCUCUGACAGUGUAAAUGUGAGGCUGGUGAAUGGUAAUAAUCCCUGUGCUGGUCGAGUGGAGGUUUAUAAUGAUGGUCAGUGGGGAACAGUGUGUCAUGUUGGCUGGGAUAUGACUGAUGCUGCAGUGGUGUGUAGAGAGCUGGACUGUGGGACGGCUGUAAACGCAACACGUAGUGCUCACUUUGGACCGGGAUCAGGACCAAUUUCAAUGGGUUAUGUAGAAUGUAGUGGAUCAGAGACUGCACUGAAAGACUGUACAUCAUACGGCACAGGGGGCUGUAAUCAUGGUCUUGAUGCUGGUGUCAUCUGUUCAGGUCGUCACCCCAAACUUGUUAAUGGAUCUCACCUGUGUUCUGGAAGAUUAGAGAUACUUCAGGAGAACAAACAGUACACAGUGUGUGACGCUGUCUUUGACCAGCAGGAUGCAGAGGUUGUGUGUAGAGAGCUGGACUGUGGGGCUCCUGUACAGGUGCUGGGAGCAGCUGCUUUUGGUAAAGGAAACGCUCAGAUGUGGACACAAGAGAUUCAGUGCAGAGGAGAUGAAUCACACAUUCGACGCUGUCCUUUGUCAACUUCUAAAAAAAACUGCAACCAUGACAAUGACAUAGGACUGAUAUGCUCUGGUUACACUGAGGUUAAACUAGUAAAUGGUUCAGACUCUUGUUCUGGACGAGUGGAGCUUCGGUUCCUCAAAGAGUGGGGCACAGUGUGUGAUGCAUGCUGGGAUAUGAGAGCUGCCAGUGUCCUCUGUAGACAGCUGAAUUGUGGGAUUGCUGUGUCUGUUGUGGGAUCAGACUGGUUUGGAAAGGGAGUUAAUGCAACCUGGGCUGAUGUGUUUGAUUGUGACGGGAAUGAAACAAAACUCUCAGAAUGUUCCAUCUCUUCAUGGAGUCGAGCUGAAUGUUCUCACAGACGAGAUGUUGGAGUCAUCUGCUCUAAAAGUAAAGCUCAUCUGGAGAACUGCAGCUCUUCACAAACUCUCAACUGCAGCUCCACACAACAUCUGUCAGUGAGGAACACUGGUCGAGGGUCCAUCAGGCUGGUGGGUUCUGGGGGAGACUGUGCGGGGAGGCUGGAGGUUUUUCACAGCGGCUCAUGGGGGACAGUGUGUGAUGACUCCUGGGAUAUUAAAGAUGCCCAUGUGGUGUGCAGACAGCUGCAGUGUGGAGUGGCCCUCAGUAACCAGCAGGUACCAGCCUGGUUUGGUCCUGGUUCUGGACACAUAUGGCUGGAUGAGGUGGAGUGUGAGGGGAAUGAGACGUCCCUGUGGAGCUGCUCUUCUUCAGGCUGGGGAAAACAUGACUGUAAUCACAAGGAGGAUGUAGGAGUUGUGUGCUCAGAGUUUAAAGAGAUCAGGUUAACUGAGGGCUGUGAAGGGAAUGUGGAGGUUUUCUACAAUGGAUCCUGGGGUAAUGUGUGCUGGAACCAGAUGGACAGAGACACAGUGAGUCUGAUCUGUCAAGAGCUGAACUGUGGAAGAUCUGGUGUUUUGUCUGAUUCUACAGCAAGAGUGGAAUCAGCUCCUAACUGGCUGGAUAAAGUAAAAUGUCGACCACAUGACUCAAAUCUGUGGCAGUGUCCAUCUUCACCCUGGGGACAGAAUGACUGUAACAAGGAUGAAGUGGCCAAAAUCACUUGCUCAAAUGAGGAGAAUCAAGAGUCUCCUCGGAGUCGUCUGACAUGUUUUGUCUUUCCAUCUCCUCAACAGAAACAUUGUUCAAAUCAUGUUCCUCUCAGACUGAGUGGAGGUAAGGGCCGGUGCUGGAGUCUGAUCUCUGAAGAACUGCAUUCUGGGUAUGAAGAUGCUGAUGAGCUUCUCUCAGCAAAAGAUUUCAAGACUGCAUAUUAUGAUGAUGUCACUAAUGACAGUGGCCUAAAAGAAGAGAUGGUGAAGGAAAUCACAGCGGGAUACUAUGAUGAUGUCAUCACUGAUGGACUGAAACCAGAUCUGGACACACCAGAGAAUUAUGAUGAUGUCAUCAUUAAUAGACGGAUCUCUCAAGGGGUAACAGAGAGAGUUCAGGAGGAGUAUGAUGAUGUCAUGAGUGUCAGUGAAGAUGUGACAAACCUGUUGAAUUAUGAUGAUGUGGAGGAGGAGUCAGACAAGGAAGGGGGUCAUUUGGCUCAAUGA